CUUUGGUGCUCGUUGCCCGGCCUGGCCCUGCGCGGCGGUCUCCAGCCGCCCCUUCCGGCCGUCUCUAACGGUUUGCUAGUCCAGCUCAAACCAGGACUACUUCUUGUUACCUCUGCUUUCUGCCCUUGUAAGWGCCCGAGAAGAUGGUGAACGUCCUGAAAGGUGUCCUGAUUGAAUGUGACCCAGCAAUGAAGCAGUUUCUGCUUUACUUGGAUGAGUCAAAUGCCUUGGGGAAGAAGUUCAUCAUACAAGACCUGGAUGAAACUCAUGUCUUUGUAUUAGCUGAGCUGAUUAACUUUCUCCAGGAGAGAGUGGGAGAGUUAAUGGACCAGAACUCCUUCCCUAUUACUCAGAAGUAAAGGCUAGAGAAAUUAGAUGCGUGUGUGUUUUGAAAUAGUGGAAUUUCCAUGGAUUUGGUUGUUACUCUUCUAAUAGAUAUACCGUGGUUAGUAAAUUUUGUGUGAAAAUGGUCACUCUAUGAAGUGGAUCAAUUCCAUCAAUGAAAUGUUCUUGAAUUGGGUUCUAAUUCUCUUUGAAAGAUUAUAUCUUUAUUAAAAUCCUUAAAAUAAUACAUCAAAACUCGUCUUAAAAGAUUUUUGAUGCCUGGUGUGUUCUUUUAGGGUUUUUAUUUCUUGUGAAAUGGUAUGACCCUAAAAUCAGGGGUGUUUCUGUAUUGGAAUGCUUUUUGACCUCUACUGACACAUUAUAUUCCUAUGGAAUUGAUUAAAUCUUGUAGUGUGACUGACAGAAGAAUAUCUGGUAAAGUAUGAUCUGUACUUGAUAAAACAGAAUAGAAACUAAAAAAUAACACUUAUUAGCCUCUCUUUGUUAUCCUAUUUCCUGCUCAAAACAAGUUAAAUCUCUUAGUCUUUCACUCACACUUACAAAUCUAUUAGAUUAUUACUUUUACAGGGGAAACUCUUCCUUAAUGGAUGUCAAAGAUAGCAUCUUCUUAUCUUUGGUAAAAAAUGAAAGUAUAAAUGCUUAUGCAGGGAGUAGAAAUGCUUUUACAGGGAAUACUUUUCCUAUAUAUACACUGACUCUUGUACUGUUGCUUUCUUGCUCUAUCAAUAAGUGUCAAGUUAAGUUUUUUUGUUAGCUUUCUGCUCUGAAUAGUGAAAUCUUCUCCUGAAGAAAUCAGGCACCUAAUUUCCUGUCCUCCCUUCCAAAAAAGGUCUUGCAGAAUCACACAUACUAAAGCUUAUUAUCUACUGGAUGGGUGAAUAACCAUUUGGAAUUUUUAGCAUAUUUUUCCCUCCCUGCUUUUCUCUUCACACAGGAAAAAGGACUUUGGUCUCUCAGUAAGCAAAGCAAGUGGAUACUUUCACAACUGCAUACAUCAGGAUCCAGCUAUYCAUCUUGACUUAAAAUAAACUUCUGAAAUCUUUUGAUACCUAUGUAAAUGAGAAAGUCCUGUUGAAUAGAAAGUAAUAAUGAUUUAUGUUUUUUCUUACAUUUUUACUGAGGUUGCUCAAGCCUUUACUUUACAGCUGUCAUGUUACAGAUUACUUACAACUUCAUUAAGAGAACAUCGAAUAAUGUGUUUUAAAAUUACCUAAUGAACAGAUGCAGUUAAUUUAUAUGGCUUAUAUGCUUUCUUUCCCUUCCCCCUUCUUCCUUCCCCCUCCCACCUCCCUAAAUGUAAAUAUGCAUUUAUUAGCCUUCAUGCAUUGCAGCAGAACAAGCUAUUUCCUUCUGUGUGAGAUGCCUUGGUCAGAGAGGUAAUGCCUGCAAGUACUUGCCUGAGCCCUUGUCUGCCCCAAUAGAGGCCAAGUGAAGAGCUAACAGGCAUGAUGUGGAGUCCUUGGGAGUCCCUGCUCUGCAGUGAAAAGGGGAGGCUCAUACAUUCAGCAGUGAACACAGCAGAAUACUUGGGUACUUUAUUAUGACUUUGCCGCCACUGUAGGGAAAAAGUGAACGCAUGAAAACUACAAUUGGUUAUGUUUUGUAUUUAUUUCUGCUUGAGGGUCUCAAAAUAAAAGUAUAUUUUUAAAUUGAUUACUCUCUAGGGAGAGUGAAUUUAAUUAAGGAGCUAGCAAGAAUUAAAGCUAUUUGUGUUGGUGCUGAAAUAGUGUACUUUUUUGCCCRCUUCCUUGAGUUUAAAUUGAGCGAAGAUUUCAAUGCAAGUUACUCUGCUACAAAGCAUCUACUUAGAGAUAAAAGUCAAGAUAAAGCUCUAAGGAAUGGUAGAAACUAUUGUCAGGAAUACUUAUUGAUUUUGCUAGUAAAAGCUAAGAAAAAUAGAUACAGCUUCAACUGUUUUGUAAAGAUAGAUGUUUUAUCUACUGAACUCUGACCAUAACCCUAACUGGGAAGAAGGAUUUCAAGCCAGAUUUCACUGUAGRSAGCCUGGAGUCACUCAUUCCUAAAMGGACUCUGAAGGGAGGUUUUCCUAGUUCACUAAGGUUCUUUCAGGAGUCUCUUUGCACUCCCACUAUAACRGUGCUUCUACGCUCUCUGGUUUUCUGAACCCUAACUGUAAUGGGGAAGAAGGAUUUCAGGCCUGUUCUGACUGUGGGCAGCCAGGAGUUGCUCAUUCCUAAAAGGACUCUGAACGGAGGUUUUUCUAGUUCAUUGAGGUUCUUUUACGAGUCUCUUUCCAUUCUGAAUAAAAGGGUACUUGUAGGCUCUCUGGGUUCCUGAAUGCUAACCCUACCUGGGARGAAGGAUUUCAGGCCUCUUCACAUUAUGGGCAGCCAGGAGUCGUUCAUUUCUAAAAGGACUCUAAAGGGAGGUGUUUCUAGUUCCCUAAGUUUCUUUUAGGAGUCUGUUUCCACUCCCACUAUAACGGUGUUUCUACGCUAUCUGAUUUUCUGAACCCUAACUCUAAUUGGGAAGAAGGAUUUCAGGCCUGUUCUGACUGUGGGCAGCCAGGAGUCACUCCUUUCUAAAAGGACUCUGCAUGGAGGUUUUUCUAGUUCACUAAGGUGGUUUUAGGAGUCUCCAUUCCGAAUAAAAGGAUAACUUUAUGCUCUCUGGUUUUCUGAACCCUAACCCUAACUGGGAAGAAGGAUUUCAGGCCUCUUCUGACUAUCAGCAGGCAGGAGUCAUCCAUUCCUAAAAGGACUCUAAAGGGAGUUUUUUCUGUUUCACUAAGGUUGUUUUAGGAGGCUCUUUCCACUCACACUGUAACGGUGCUUCUACGCUCUCUGGUUUUCUGAACCCUAACCCUAAUCGGGAAGAAGGAUUCCAGGCAGGUCUUGACACUGGGCAGCCAGGAGUCGCUCAUACCAAAAAAGACUCCGCAUGGAGCU